AUGACGGUGACUCCCUACGACUUCUACCACAUGACCGGCCUUCGCCUCAAAGGGGCCACCAUUAGUUUGGAUGAUGUGUCAGGCAUCCAACUAGGUCUUAACAUGUUAGGGAGGAAGUACUCUACUGAGACCAUCCGCUAUUCUGACUUGGUGUCGGAUUACAUGCUUCUCCCACAAAGGAUUGCGGAGGAGCAUGUCCGUAUGGCUAGGGCUUUCGUUCUUCACUUGUUGGGGGCCUACCUCUUUGCCACUAGUGGGCAAACUGUGUCUUUAAGGUGGCUAACCCUCUUUCAGGACUUUGGAGAGGCACAAAGGGCCAAUUGGGGGCAGGCAUGUCUUGCCUAUCAUUAUUCCACUCUCGACACUCUCACCUGGGGAAUUUUGCGGCAGCUUGUGGGGCUUUGGGAUCUCCUUGAGUUUAGUUCUCUUUUCAUUUCUUGUAUUUCCAUUUGUAGCUUGUAG